AUGACACAACCAUCGCCCCCACCGCCUGCGAACCAUCACAGCGGCCAUAACAACAACAAUGACCCAAUCCAACUCGAUCGGACUGUCCCGACCCACUUACGUCCUACACAGAUGCACCCUGACAACCUCCGCGACCUCUAUGAACUCAUCGCUGCAGCCAAGCACGUGGUUGAUUGCUGUGGCGUGUAUACCCCUCGACUACGAGAAGCAUUAUCUCACGAACUCAUGACGGCGAAAACUCGGAUUGCAGAAGUCCAAGGAAUAGAGGAAGACCUUAAGCAAGACAUUAUCACACUGAGAGAUGAAAACACGAUGCUAAAGGGGAAAGAUGAGACGUUGUCUGAAGAGAAUGCGGCGCGGGAUGGAGAUCUUGAUGCUGGAGGAAAUGUGAUGCAGGUGCUCGUAGAUGAGGUGUCUCUGAAAAAAGACGAUAUGCAAGAGAAUGAGCAUGAGGCAGCUGGUCGCUAUUUCGAGGGUGGAUGGGAAGAUAUGGCGAAGUUUUGGCAAGAUGGUAUGCCUAUGGAUCAUGCCUCAGAGCCAGAAACCGAAAACCGACUUGCAGAUGCGAAUCUUUCACACAUGGCAUAUUGGUUCGAGCGUAGCAACGCGCCUAGCCCCGAGCAGCGACAGCCACGACACAACGACAGAGAAACACUACGGCAGAUCGAAACGGAGAGGUCCAUCCUCAAGCUCCAGGACCGCUUAGAGAGAACGGAGAUGCAGAUUAAGCAUCUGACAAACCGACUCGAUGCCCAAGAAACAGAGUGGAAGCUGGCUGUUGAGAGCAUACCGGUAUUGCUUGGGGCAAUCUAUAGCGACCAAGAAGAAGAAAAAGACGACGACGAUGACGAUGAGCCGUACUAUACAUGUAGUGAAGGCUUGGACGAGUUUGAAAGCGUAGAUGAGAACAUGCCGUUAAGAGGUGGUAUGGGUGGCCGGGACGAAGACGAAGAGUUUGUGUACGACUAUGGAGGGUACACAAAUUGGGAUCAGGCGGAUUUACUGGCGCAGGGCGAAUUUCCGAGUAUUAAUGACAAGGAUGAGAUUAUCCAGGAGUUGAGACAAAAGGUUGAACGAUUAGAGGCGCAGAUUCGAACGCUCACGGUAGCGGCGCACCGAGAGGAUCUCUUCCAACCAACCGGUUCCCAUAUAACGGCCAAGGACGGCGACAGUAAAGCAGCGAAUAUUCCCAAGCAAACUCCUUCUAACCCGAUCUUGACGCCCAUUUUCUAUCAAAAGAACAAGGGAGACAUAAAUAUCAACUUACGUGGCGGCAGUGACGAAGCAGAAUGUGAAGGCAAUGGCAGUUGCGAUCAUGCUAGCGCUGAAGUUCGUAGCUCCAUGUCAGUAUCACCGCAUCUCCUUUGCCAGCGAGCCACGUCACGAGUCGGAGAUUCGACGAUCAACUACAUCAUCGUAUACCUGCCUCCAGGGUUCAUCGUUCCCGGUUGCACGAAACCCGAGCUAGUCUUUCACAGCGCCGCGACAAUUUAUUAUUUCCCCACAGGAGCAGCAGAAGAAGUCGUGCAACAGGAAGCAUGGAAGCAGAAAGGUUGUGGUGAUGGGCAAUGGCAGGAUGUGGAGCUCCACAAGAUACAGUCAAAGCAAGUGUUCAAGAAAGCGAUUGCAGAUAUGUGGGAAAAGAUGGGACUUAGUUGGGAUAUUCUGACACGGAGAUACUGGGACUUUGGUGAAAAGAAGGAUGAUGGAGACAUGUAUAUGGUCAACGACAACAACCUCUUUCUUAUGAACCGCACACGGGAGGUAGCUGUUCCACAUAUCCGUGGCGGAGCCGGCGAUGAACCAAUCCAGACCCCAUGGCCUACCGACGAAGAUGACUUAUUAGAUGAGUUUAAGCGUAUCUACGAUAGCCUCAUGGAAGAAGCUAGGAUCGCUCUCAUGACAGAUUCUCCGGAACAACGCGUACAAGCUUGGAUGACCGUGGCCACAGCGGCCGAAACGCGCAAUUCCUCUCUCGAACGCGAACUUGAGACCUUUCGGGAGAUGAACGAUAGCCUCAUUCAAGAUCUACAGUGGCAUAUGAAUGUACAAGUGGACUUGGAAGAGCAGCUCGAGGCUGCAGAAGCAGACAAGAGGGCUAUGGCUGACGAGUACCAGAACCUUAGGACACUUCUUCAUCAUCUAGUGGCGGAUAGUGAUAUCUCUGUCGCUUGUACCUGUGGGGAAGAAACAAUUCCAGCUUACGAGGAUCGCAAUAGGUCACCGGGUCUGGAAACGAUACGAGGUGGUGACGAGGAAGCAUUGCUACAAACAAGACCGACGAGUGAUGCUGAGACCGGACAGAAUGCGGCAACAACAGCGCCAUCUGAUUCUUCUUAUUCGAGCACUGUUACUACAGCCAACUCUUUCGUCUAUUACCCACAAAGAUCUACGAUCGUCUUUUCCGAUACUCCUCCACGUAUCUACCUAUUUUCCUACAACUCCACAUUACCAGAGAUCCACGAGAUGCUCAAAAAGGGGAGUGAAAGAGAAGAUCUCCGAGAUGAUCCGCACGUUGCGCGCAUCCUGGAAAUUAUAAAGAUCCGUGAAGAUAUGGGUAUUUAUCUACCUGAAGAUGUGAGCGAUGAGCGAAUCACUAUUGAUAUACCAGAAAUUCUUACAGGGUGCCAACUGGAUUGCAAGACGAGAAUAAUUGCGUGGCAGGUGUCGAACGCAGAUGCGGGAAGCCUUGAGAAGCCCAUAGAAAAGCAUGAUUUUGAAUCGAGUGCAGAAAGGUCGAACGAUGAUACCCGGACUAACAGUACGUCGAGCGAAGGAGAGAAGGACUAUUACCAAGACAUUGGGGACUUGGUGAACUCGUUUGAUGAUCCAGUCGAUACCGACAAUACGAUCGACUGGCUAAGAUCCUGCGCAUGCCAGACCCGUUCCGUGUACGGUAGCGAGUCGUACUAUAAGAUUCCCCAUCCGCAAUCAUCAACUAUCUCUGAGCCAUCACCUAUGGUAUCGGUCCGUGGCGGUGGUAGUGAUCCAGAAUAUUGGUCUCACACUUCACAUAGCCACCAAAAGUCUCCGCUCUGUCACCCACAGCUGACUCCUCCGUCAAGCGCACCUCCGAACACCCCAGCGUCUUACGGCACUAUUGAGCCACCGCCUUGUCGCGUACUCAAAGGUGAAGAGAUCGCCAUUGGAAAAGGACCAUUGAGCCUACGACUUGGCCGUUUCAUGUUCCCUCCCAAAUUCAUGCAACAGCGUGAAGAUGAUAUCCGUCGCUUUGACUGGCAACAUAUCAGGAGACUGAGCCCUCAGUUCAAGGACAAAAGCUCCAGAGGUUUCAGGUACACUAAAAGUGCACACUGUGAGGAGUGGGCUACACAGUUAGAUAAACAUCGAGAACAUUGCGAAUAUUGCCAAGGAGUCUUUCUUGAAGAAGAGUAUGCCUCUAGUGACCAGAGUCUUAGGCAUGAAGAGGAGGCUCCGAAGCCGAAGAGCGGAGCUCGUAGACCAUGGAAGAAGAGCAAUUUGCCGCAGAAGAGCGUCGUCGCAUCUGUGAGCGCUAUUGUAGCGGAUCCCGAUCCGCGGUUGAGGGGUGGUGCUGGUAGCGAGGCAGAUCUUGAAUACGACAGCGAGGACUGGCGAUGUGAGUGGGAUGAUCUGGCCAGCCAAACGCGAAGCGCAGGCUACCGGCUUCGUGCUUUCCGCAACUCUAGUACUCUUUCCACAGAGACAGUAAAACCCCCUCCUUCGCCUGUUGAUCGCGCCGUCACGUUACGUCGCUGGCCUCAGCAGUCCGACCUGUGUACUGCCAUGGAGUUUAUAAGGGACGGACCCACUGUCUCGAAGCUUGAAAAAAUGCAUAUGAAUAUAUCAGAAGCACGUGCAGACACCCAGUGUUACUAG